CUACGAACCAAACGCACCAUAAAUCAGAGAGAGAGAUGGCCGAGGAAAACAAAGUGACGCUGCACGGAUUUUGGGCUAGUCCUUACUCUAAGAGGGUGGAACUGGCCCUCAAAGUUAAAGGCAUACCCUACGAGUACGUGGAAGAAGAUCUGAAGAACAAAAGCCCCCUGCUGCUCCACUACAAUCCGGUUCACAAGAAGGUUCCUGUCCUGGUUCACAAUGGAAAACCCAUUGCUGAGUCACUUGUCAUCCUCGAAUAUAUUGAUGAAACCUGGAAGAAUAUUGGUCCUCCACUUCUGCCCCAAGAUCCCUAUAAGAGAUCCCAAGUUCGCUUCUGGGCUACCUUUCUUCAGCAACAGUGUUUUGAAGCCAUGAUCUUGGUAAUCAAAUCCGAUGGAGAAGCACAAGAGAAAGCCAUCAAGGAAGUGUCUGAGAAAUUCAAGUUGCUUGAAGAGGGAAUAAAGAGCAUUUUUCCAGAGGGCAUUCCACCCAUUCACCAGGAGAAUGUGGGGCUCCUGGACAUAGUAAUUUUAUCCAUAUUUGGCUCCUAUAAGGUCCAGGAACAAGUCGUUGGCCUGACGUUCAUAGACCCAGAGAAGACUCCACUGGUAUUUUCUUGGCUGAAAGCUCUACUUGAGCUGCCUGCGCUGAAAGAGGCACUCCCCCCUCAUGAAAAGCUGUUGGGGCUUCUCAAAUAUAUAAGACAGAAUGCGCUCAACUCUACUGCAGUUUGACCUUCUAUUAACAAUUAUGUGUAUUAAUUAAUAAUUGGGUAGGUUGUUAAUUGGGUUUUCUUGGCUAUUAUAUAUGAGAAAUGCUAGAAUUUCUUCUAGUAUUUUUCUGGUGUUCAUUUGGAAGAACAUAAAUGUAAUAAAAAAAUGACAUCAUGUCUUUUUAGAUGGCAUGAAUGCAAUUUUUUAUUACAUUUAUAUCCUUCUAGAUGGACACCAAAAAAAUAUUAGGAGUUCUGGCAUUCCUCAUUAUCUAUUAAUCUUCCAAAUAUCUCGCUGUAAUAAGGCCUAUAUAGGCAUUACUUGUGCUUAAUAAAUUUUGCUUCGCUAUCAA